AGCUUUCCUUAUGCCCCAUGGAAACGAAUCCAAAGACAGCAAAGCAAAGGUUGAACCAUGGCAGAGAAAGAAAGCAUCUUUACACAGCUAAGUUCUCUUUACUUUUCACCAUGAGCAAUCCCAUAUCUAAUCAGUCAUUGCAUUCUUCUCAUCUUUGAGGGCUCGAGCCUGCCGCCCAUGGCCAGAAUGGAAGGAGCAAUCAUCUGCCUGCUGAUUGUUGUCAUGGAUGUAGUUGCCGGUGUGCUCGGAAUAAAAGCCGAGGAGGCUCAAAGCAAGGUACUCCAGGGAUUCAAAUACUUGGUCAUGUAUACUUUUGAGCAUCGAGUCUCGUUGUCGCAGGGGAAGCACCUGAGGCUCUUCUUCCUCGAGUGCAAGGAGCAUGUUCACCAGGCCUACAAGUUGGGGCUGGCAGCAACUGCGCUCCUCGCGCUGUCGCAUGUCAUCGUGAAUGUGCUCGGUGGGUGCCCCUGUGCGUGCUCCGGGGAUGGGUUCCGGAGGUCUUCGCCUAACAAGCUAAUGGCCGCAGCCACUCUACUCCUUUCAUGGAUUGUGGUCAUCGUUGGAUUGACGAUGUUGAUUAUAGGAGCAAUAUCUAAUUCGGAGUCAAGGCCGACUUGUGGGCUUGCUCAUCCUCGUUUCCUGUUUAUUGGUGGAAUCAUGUGCUUCGUGCAUUCGCUGUUCUGCAUCGUCUACUAUGUUUCAGCCAUUGCGAGCUGGAAAGAAGGGAAGGCUCACAGGGACACCAGAUCUCAAGAGGGCCACGCUUGAGUACUUCCAAGAACAGCUACCGAAGGAAGCUGAGGUCCCCAAUGACUGCUGGUUCUGCAUGAUUUUAGCUCGAGUUCAAAGAGAUAUAAUCCAAUUUAAUUUCCUUUUUCUUUUCUGGGUUGAGUUUUCUAAGCACUUAAUGAGAUGUAAACUGAUUUGUGAGAAAGUUAGAUACAAAGGAAACAUCCUGUUUUCUUA